AAAUACUCGUUGAAUUUGUCAGGGUUACAAGAAAAGAGGAAAACAAAAAGCUACCCAAAAAUUAAGAAAUUGUGUGCCUGCAAUUUCACGAGAUCAAGAGGAUUAGACCUUCUCUGCUUCUCAUGUCACACAGAAACCUUAGGUAAUGAAGGACAGGUCAUUGGAACUCAAAGGGUGGCAUAAGCAAGUUGUUUGCAAGAAGUCCAAGAAACGUUGAAGCUGUAAAAAGAAAAUGGCAAUGAUGCACAAUCUUUAUGGUCAAAUUGAUUUGGCUACAUCUGCCAAAUAUCGAGCAGAGGAGGUCCUAUCAAGAUUGAGCACAAAAUAUCCAAGCUUUAUGAAGCCUAUGAUCAGAUCAAAUGUUAGUGGAGGUUUCUGGCUAUCUCUUCCAAGGUUAUUCUGCCAGCUGCAUAUGCCACGGCAUGAUGUAACCGUUACUUUGGUAGAUGAAAGUCAGGAAGAGUACAAAACAAAAUAUCUUGCUGAGAGGAAUGGACUCAGUGGUGGAUGGCGGGGUUUCUCGCUUUCACAUGGCUUAGUGGAGGGAGAUGUUUUAGUUUUUCAGUUAUUCAGAUUCUGCAAAUUGAAGGUGUAUAUGGUCAGAGCCAAUUAUUUGGCUGAAGUUGACGCCGCACUUGUUCUUCUCCAUUUAGAUGCUCACCAUAAACAAAUUGAUCCUGUGCACCAAAGGCAGCAUAAUAUAAGUAUGAAACAAGUUGGGAUCAAGCGUCAAAGACUUUCCUCACAAGAAGGGGAUGAUUAUUCUACAGAAAACAUGUUACACAAACAUAGUCAUUCGAGGAAUAUGUUCAAGAAUCUUGAUUUACCUUCAAAAGGACUGGACUAUGAAACUCUUAAUAUUGUAGAUGCUGUAAAAGCCAGGAAACUCAGUGACCCUCCAAAUGGUACUUUCUCAUCCUGGAACACAAGGCCAACCGUACUUGAGCAGUUAGAGAUCAGACCAUUUUCGAGUGGGUACUCCAUUGAACCAGCUUUAACCCUAUCAGGGGCAGAAAUGGUAUUUAGGCCGUGAACGCGGUUGCUCCUCUUAUCCUUGACUUUAACUAUAGUGUUGAAGUUGUAUACAAUGGAUUGUAAAAUCUUUUUUUACACCAGUGUGAUUUUAGUUAUAGCAUGUCAUUGCUUUAUUAUCCGAAUUACAAUAUUAGGCUUGAUAGGAAGAGUUACGUGUUAAUGUAAAUCAA